CUCUUCUUUUGAGGAUUAACCCCAAUAGAUGGCGGCGUUGAAUAUUUCAAAACCCAAAAAUUUUGAAAUUUUUAAUUCAUUAAAUAUUUAAAUAUUAAAAUAUUUCUUAAUCUCGAAAAUUUUCUUUUUGUUUCACUAUAACGCACCCCGAAACCCUCCAGGUGUUAAUAAACUUAAAGAUCAACCAUCUGCUUUGAAAACAAUAACUAACCAAUUGACUCGUAAUAUUAAGCCCUUUAAAAAAUCGUGAUGGGCAGCUGAAACCUUCACGAAAACAACAAAAAAAAUGCAACUCCAUCCUUAUUCAUAAAUUAAGUACCCCACCUACUAGUUUUGAGUCCAGGUGUAUGCGGGUUCUAACCAUUUAAAACUGAUACCAGAUAAUGACGAUGUCUUCAGUCGAUUUUUAGGCGGCCAAAAAAGCCCUACGCAGAACUUUUUAGAGAAAAGAUACGAAAUGUCGUCGUCGGCGUGUAAUUUGACCCAAACUUUAUACUUGGGUCGCUGGGAUAAUGUCCACGAGUGGUUUGAAAGAAACGAUCAUAUGACGGCGCCAAUGGAACCAGAUGCGGACGAUUUCAAAGAAAAAACGUCGUCCUUAGAAGAAAUAGGCGAAGAGACUUUAGAAAAUCUGGGUGAUGAAGGUAAGAAGAACAAGAAGUACAUUCACGUGCCCCACAGCGAGAAGCCGCCUCAGGUUGUGGCUAAGAGGAACGCGCGGGAAAGAAGAAGAGUCCAAGCAGUGAAUAGUGCCUUUAGCAAGUUAAGAAAAGCUAUACCUUUGGAUAAUAACAGGGGGAAACGUGUUAGUAAAGUAAAAACUUUAAAGUACGCUAUUAGGUAUAUUCAAGGCUUAAAGGAUCUAUUAAAUGAAGACUUUGGGUAUGGGAUUUAUCGAAGUGAUGAAGGGUUUGGAUAUGGUGAACAUUCUUUUUGGGACUAAAAUGUUGUGUUAUACAGAGUAAUUCUGAAUUACAUCAAGGUUCAAAGUGUUUACUAAAAACAUAAAGUUUAAGACUAGAAUUAAGAAAGAAGUUGUCAGAAAUAAGCAAAUUCUAGUAGAAUCUAUCGAAAGUUAAUUUUGAGCUCAGCAAAAACUUUCCAAAAGAUACCAAGAAUAUGCAUGUUCAAAUAAAGCCUCUCAAAAUUUUGAAAAAACUAAGAUGGCCAAAAUUAUUAUAUUAAUUACAUCGUCUUGCACAACAUUUUCUCAAGUUGUUUUUAGCAAAAAUGUGGGAAACGUUUCAAUGGCAUAAUAAAUUUUUAUGCUCAGUAAAUAUUUUUCUAAAAUCUAAAAUGGGUACUAAACACAUUAAAUGACCCACUUCUUGAAAUAAUUGGAUAAUAUACGAAAUGGCCCCGUUAAACAUAGUUUUCGCUUUAAGAUCGCUUUCAUAGAUAGUCUCGUGAUUGAUAUGCAGGACGUUUUUAUAGAUCGUGUCACAUGCAAAUUUUGGAAGACAAAUCAUAUUAUGCCAAAAAUAAAUCAACAUAAACAACUAUUUUCUACGCUUCUAGAAACUAAUGUUUAUCAUCAAACAUUUUUGGCAAUUUUAUCAUAUGUAGGUUGUCGAGUAUUGUGGUUGAGCUUACUGAGGAAUUUUUAAGUAGACGAGCAUGUCUCGUAAAGGAGAAUGAUUAUUACUCAAGCCCCGCGAGCUUUAUUUCCGGUGUUUCUCUGGUUUCUAUUUUAAGAACCUUGCUGUUCUCUGUUUAUACAUCACAAAUGAUCUCACAUAUUCAGUAUUUCUGCUUUUUUCGAAGUAUCUCUAACAAGCCAUGUUUUACGUUAAAGUAUUCAAGUAACAAGACUAUAACCUAUUUUUUUUAAAUCUUGGCAUCCCUUUGAUUAGAUGCAGAGGUAUGGUGGUUUCAUCGAAUAUGAGUCUCCAAUGUUCAAUGUGGUUAUGUGAUUAUUGUCCAACAAGCUGCUAAUAAGCAUAUUCAACAAGUUUCCCUUAAAAUUUGAUAUAACCUAACCCCAAUCAUUCCUUUACAACCUCAAAAAGUAUCAUUUUUUAAUUCCUAAACGCAAUUUAGCA